CCGCAUAAUCUUUUCCACCGAUGGCUCUCAUAUGGCAACGUCAAAAAGGAUUACUUUGAGAAUCGUGAGUUCUCCUUCACUCUCGGCGGUGACAUCUACCUGCGCUACAACUCCUUUGAAAAUCAGCAGGAGAUGCGAAAGACGAUUUGCUCACGGCUGCCGGUGAAGAUCGAUUUGGGCGCCGUUUACAACAUGAAGCCAAAGGACUCGAAAAAAGUCAAAAUUCUCAACUUUACGGCAGAGGAGCGUGAACUGGUCUUCGACAUUGAUAUGACCGACUACGACGAUGUGCGAACGUGCUGCCAAGGCACGGGCAUCUGUCCGAAGUGCUGGCCGUUUAUGAUCGUGGCGGCGCACAUUCUGGAGGAGUACCUACGCUGCGACUUUGGCUUCACCAACCUGCUCUGGGUGUAUUCGGGUCGUCGUGGCAUCCAUUGCUGGGUGGCCGACGAGGGCGCCCGCAAGCUGAACAACAACGCCCGCGACGCAGUGGCCAGCUUCAUCAACAUCUUCGACGGUGGACAGUUCAAGGCGAAGAAGGUGGAGAUUGACGGCAAGGUCGGCUGUCACCCGUCCAUUCGGCGCUCCAUUCAGAUCAUCGACCGGUACUUUGAGCAGCUGAUGGUGAAGAACCAGGACUUUCUCGACUCCAAAGAGCGGAUUGACAUCGUAAUCAACCUCUGCCAGGAUGAACUGCUGCGAAAUGAGCUGCGCACCUAUCUGCAUGAUCCGAAGAUGCGAAGCACCAAGCAGCGCUGGGAUGCCCUGGUCAAGAUAAGCCAGCACUUCUACUCGACCUCCAAUAACCAGAUCAGCCACCAGAACCGCAACAAGCACAAAUACUUUGUUGAGGAGGUCAAGCUGCAGCUGUGCUACCCACGGCUGGACAUCAACGUCACCAAGGGCCUCAACCAUCUGCUGAAGGUGCCCUUUUCCGUGCACCCCAAGACGGGUCGCAUCUGCGUGCCGAUUCACUUUCCCGACCUGGACGCCUUUGACCCCUUCACCGUACCCACCAUCGCCGAUCUGAUCCAGGAGAUUGACCACAUUCCGAAGGAGGAGGGCGAAACGCUGGGCAGCAGUCGAAUCACCGAGAAAACCUCGCUGGCCCCUUCUCUGGCCAUCUUUCGCGCUUUUGUGAAGGACAUUGAGGCGAAGCUCAGUCCGGCGGCCACUCUGCUGGCUAAGAGCGAUAACAAGCUGGAAUUUUAG